CACCGACGCACCGUGAACUUCCGUCCAGCUCACUUGCUUCAAAGCUGACAGAAAACAUCCAGGAGUUGAAGCUCCGUGUCAACAUCGACAUCUCAACUUAUCGACCCGAUCGUCAUGAUUGUCCUGACGAUAAUCGCUCGUGUAGCGGACGGGAUGCCGCUCGCUGCCUCCAUUCAGGAUGAUGACCAGUCAGGAAGAGACCUCCAGCAGUACCAGAGCCAGGCCAAGCAGCUGUGCCGGAAACUGAACGCUCAGAGUCCAGACCGCUGCACCCUGGAGGCUGGCGUAAUGAACUUUCACUAUUUAAUAGCACAGGGUGUUUGCUACCUGUCUCUCUGCGAGGCUUCAUUUCCCAAAAAGAUGGCAUUUGCAUACCUUGAAGAUCUCCACAGAGAGUUCUAUGACCAGUAUGGAAGGAGAGUGCAGACAGUGACGAGGCCAUAUUCUUUCAUCGAGUUUGACACAUACAUCCAGAAGACAAAGAAGUCGUACAUCGACAGCAGGGGCAGGAGGAACUUGGGCAGUAUUAACACAGAGCUGCAGGAUGUCCAGAGGAUUAUGGUGGCCAAUAUUGAGGAAGUUCUGCAACGAGGAGAAGCCCUUUCUGCCCUAGACACCAAAGCCAGCAAUCUGUCCAGCCUGUCCAAGAAGUACCGCAGCGAUGCCAAGUACCUCAACACCCGCUCCACAUAUGCCAAGGUGGCUGCCGUGGCGGUCUUCUUCGUCACACUCAUCAUCUAUGUGCGCUUCUGGUGGCUCUGAUGGAGUCU